AUGGCUUGCUGUAGCACCGUGAAAACCGAAGACCUUGACCAGAAUUUCCUACAGUGUGCUUUCUGCAUAGAGCGACUGAGAAAACCCAAAAUCCUGCCCUGCCUUCACACCUUUUGCGAGGUGUGCCUGGGGCAAUGGGUGAGAAAAAAUGUCGGCAAACUGAUAUGCCCAGUAUGCCGAAAUGAGUACCCGCUUCCCGAAAAGGGUAUAAUGGGACUCCCAGACAAUUUCUUCAUAAACAACAUGAUAGAUUUUCUGGAGGCCAGAAAAAACGGGAAGGCAGCCAGUUCAGUUCCAUGUCAUGGCUGCGAAAAAGGAGCCGUAACAUACUGUUCUGACUGUACCGAGUUUCUGUGUUCUGACUGCUCGCAUGCACACCGUAGAUUAAAAGUAACGCGACUGCACCGGCAACUGUCUAUGGAAGAGUACCAGGCUUCACCUCAUGAGCCACCAGUUGAAAUGUUGCGCCCAGUAUACUGCUCUAUUCAUAAAUGCAACGAGAUAGAAUUCUACUGUGAGACAUGCGAUGUUCCAAUAUGUCUUAAAUGCACCGUGAUCGAGCACAGGGUACCAGAGCACAAACACCAAUAUUGCAGAGACGCCGUUGAAAAGCAGAGACCCAUAUUGGAAAAGCUACUUCAUCAUGCUCAAGAAAAAAUUCCAACACUUGAGGGUGCACUGGACAAUGUUAAAUUCGUCCUUCAACAGCUCGACAGUGAAAAAGAGGCAGCCGAAGAAAGAAUACGUGAGCAGAAAAGAAGCCUUGUAUCCACGAUUGAACAGAAAGAACAGACUCUUCUACAAGACUUAGAAGAUACCUAUAAUGGUAAAAAGAAAAUAUUGGAAGCCCAGCAAGAUGGGUUGAUGCUCGGUUUGGGAAAUGUUAAUAGUGGAUGCGAGUUUACAGAAAACUUGCUAAAAUAUGGCAAUGAGUUAGCACUGCUUGCCGUUAAGAAACAAGCGCUGCAAAGGAUGCAAGACCUAAUUAAGAUGGAACUCAAUCCACGACCAGAAGAAAAUGCCUGCAUACAAUUCACCCCAAACGAUGCCCUCAUAUAUGGCGUACGUACACAAGAGUUCGGAACCUUGCUUAGAGGCAACGCAGUCGCUGGAAUCUCAACAGUCAAUGCUGAAAUCCCCCAGAUAGCAACUGUUGAUCAACAACAAACGCUGGUGUUGACUACAAAAGAUCGCAAUGGUAAAGAUGUUAACCAGGGUGGAGCUAUUGUCACCUCUAAGAUCAGAUCACCAGAUGGAGGCGUUGCUAUGACGAAGGUCACAGAUAAUAAAGACGGCACCUAUAGUAUCACAUACCGCACAAACAAAGAAGGCACUUACAACCUAUUUGUCUCGGUUUUUGGUCAACAAGUUAAGGGAAGCCCAUUUUCUAUUGAAGCCAGUCACCCUAAGAAGGUAUGCUUAGAGUUCGGGGUGCGGGGAAAGGGUAUUGGGCAUGUCAAAGAGCCAUGGGGAGUAUCAGUGUCAUCAAAAUCUGGUGAUAUAGUAGUUGCCGAUUCUGGAAACAGCCGAAUCCAAGUAUUUGAUAAGUUAGGCCAUUUUAAAAGAGAUUUCAGGUUCUGCGGAUUUGAUAAGAAAUUUGAUCCACUCGAUGUUGCUGUUACUGAUAAUGACCAGGUAGUCAUCUCCGACUAUGCCAACAAGCAGAUAAUAAUAAGUGAUAUUAGUGGGCGAAUGAUUCGUACAUUUGGUAGUGAACGACUAAAGUGGCCUUGGGGAGUUGCAGUCAACAGUUAUGGUGACAUCCAUGUGGUUGACUACGAAGAACACUGUCUGACGAUAUUCGACUGUGAUGGCGUUCAUCUCAAUACUAUUGGAUGCAAAGGUCAUGCACAAGGGCAGUUUCGUAACCCAAUCUGUGUUGCUAUCAAUAGCAAAGAUGACAUCAUCAUAUCUGAUCGUGAGAAUUCUAGGAUCCAGAUCUUUGAUGAAGAAGGCAACUUUCUACACCUAUUCCAAGCACCAGGCGAAGAGGAAGGCCAGUUCAAAUACCCAACUGGCGUCGCUGUUGAUUCCCAUGACAACAUCAUUGUUUGUGAUGACUGGAAUAACCGAGUCCAGAUGUUCCGACCAGAUGGUGUCUUUAUUCGCCGCAUUGACAGUGAUAAUGAUGGCCUCAGAUACCCUGACGGAGUUACAGUCACACCAGAUGAAAAAGUGGUGGUCUGUGAUUAUGGAAACGACUGCCUGAAAGUCUUUGACUGCAACAGCCUCAUGAAACCUCGCUCUCAAGUCUUUGUGAUGUUGAAUGAAGGUGGUGCUUCAAAAAGAGUCACAACAUCUAUGCCAAGAUUAUUUGUGAAUUAG